AUUGUAAUCUUCAAACUCUUAACUCGUCCACUCGACUACAGUUGAGAAGAAGUUCAUACAUAUCGGUCAUCAUGGCUGGAGGAGGAGGCAUGGUGGGUUCUAGCGGAGGAACAGAAUUCGAGGCGAAGAUCACACCCAUAGUCGUCAUUUCAUGUAUCAUGGCAGCUACAGGUGGUCUCAUGUUUGGUUAUUAUGUUGGUGUAUCAGGCGGUGUGACAUCGAUGGAUGACUUCUUGAAGACGUUCUUUCCGGUGAUAUACAGAAAAAAACAAGCAGAUUAUGACAGUAAUUACUACUGCAAAUAUGACAACCAAGGUUUACAACUAUUCAAUUCAUCAUUAUACUUGGCUGGUUUAACGGCAACUUUCUUUGCUUCUUAUACAACAAGAAGACUCGGCCGGAGAUUCACUAUGUUGAUUGCCGGAAUAUUUUUCAUCAUCGGAGUUGUUCUUAAUGCGGCUGCUCAGGACCUUGCCAUGCUUAUUGCCGGUAGAAUUUUACUCGGUUGUGGCGUUGGUUUUGCUAACCAGGCCGUGCCAUUGUUCUUGUCAGAGAUAGCACCGACCAGAAUCAGAGGAGGGCUAAACAUAUUGUUCCAGCUCAACGUUACAAUUGGCAUUCUUUUUGCUAAUCUUGUUAAUUACUUCACUGUUAAAAUUGAUGGUUGGGGCUGGAGAUUAUCUCUGGGACUUGCUGGGAUUCCUGCAGUACUUUUAACAAUCGGUGCUCUACUAGUUGUCGACACUCCCAACAGUCUUAUUGAGCGUGGAAAGUUAGAUGAAGGCAAAGAAGUUCUCAGAAAAAUCCGUGGCACUGACAAAAUUGAGCCAGAGUUUUUAGAGCUUGUUGAGGCCAGCCGUGUAGCUAAAGAAGUUAAACAUCCCUUCAGAAACCUCCUCAUGCGAAGAAAUCGGCCACAACUUGUCAUAGCAAUUGCAUUACAGAUUUUCCAACAAUGCACGGGGAUCAAUGCAAUUAUGUUCUACGCACCAGUGCUGUUUAUUACAUUGGGAUUCGGGAAUGAUGCGUCGCUCUACUCUGCUGUGAUUACAGGAGCUGUUAAUGUGUUGUCUACUGUUGUAUCAAUCUAUGUAGUGGACAAAUUAGGCCGUCGCAUACUCUUACUUGAAGCUGGAGUUCAAAUGUUCUUCGCACAGAUAAUUAUAGCAAUUAUACUUGGAAUCAAAGUUACAGAUCAUUCAGAGCCAGACAACCUUGGCUCUGCUUAUGCAGUUGUAGUUGUGGUGAUGAUUUGCACAUUCGUAUCUGCCUUUGCUUGGUCAUGGGGACCUUUGGGAUGGCUAAUUCCGAGUGAGACAUUUCCUCUGGAGACGCGAUCAGCUGGACAGAGCGUCACAGUUUGUGUGAACUUCCUCUUCACAUUUGUCAUAGCACAAGCGUUUCUCUCCAUGCUUUGCCACUUCAAGUAUGGCAUUUUCUUGUUUUUCUCUGGUUGGGUUUUGAUAAUGUCGAUAUUUGUAAUAUUCUUGAUGCCCGAGACAAAGAAUGUACCAAUCGAAGAGAUGACAGAUAGAGUGUGGAAGCAACAUUGGUUCUGGAAGAGAUUCAUGGAGGACGAAACCAGGGACGGAUCUACUAAGGGGGACGGAUCUAGUAGGGGGCACGAAUCUGAUAAGGGGUGCUGGUGGACGCGUUUUAUCCCUGAAGUUUCUCUGAACUUUUCUUUGUCUGCAUAAAUUUUAUGAGAUUAUAGAAGUGCCCUUACAAAAUUUGAAAAUAUAAAGAUACUUUUAAGAAAAUUGCUUGGUGCCCUCAGGGGAAAAAACAUAUUAUAUAUGCUCCUGGAUGAAAUAGAUGAUUGGUGUAAGAAAAAUGGUUGUGCAAAAGUGUUUGAUCUAGUUUCUCAAAUGUAGAGGAAAGAUCAAUGUUGUUUUGUUAGAUACAUAAAUAUGUACAAAAAUAGUCUCAUUCUUCCUCAAAAAAUUAAUGUUAUACUGUUAUUAUAUAAAUAUUUUGCAUGAACUUUAUGUUCAA